UACUUCUAUCAUGAAGCCGUACCCGUACACGACACGUACCCGACCCAAACUUCAUGGACACUCCUCAGUUUCAGGAAAUUUUGGCUUUUUAAAGAGCUGGCCAAAGAAUUUGGAGCACAUUUCACCGAAUUGUGCACCAAAAUUUGAGAAAUACUGGAGAAUUAUGCAAAAUCAGAAUCUAUCAGGAAGAAAAAUACUUUCUGGGAGUUUUUUUGGGCUGUCGGCUGUAGCUGGAGUGAUGUAUAACCAGCCGGUUCUUGCAUAUUCUAUGGAUGAUAAUUAUGCUGAUGUAGAAGGACCAUCAGGAUUUUUGAAGGAUGACAUACAUACCUUCUGGUCUUUAGCAAGGAAAUUUGAGCUGCCUAUUGUUCUUCUUGUUACGGUGUUUCUGGGAUGGAGGCAUCCUAUUACACUUGCUGUCAACAUUGCACUUCUUCUUUUCUGCACAAAGCCCAACCCUUUAUCAAUAUACAUGUUUGUUGAGCAGUUGCGUCGGAAGGAUAUGCACCAGGAUCCGAGCCCCUUAAAAACAAAGUUCUUGUAUGUAAAGAAUGUCAAAGUCGAAGACUACAAAAUUCUAUGCUUGGCUAAAGUUGAACUGAGAGAUGUGAAGCUCGAUGUAAUCGGAAUCUUGGGCGGCUGGUGGGUUUUUCAGGCAUCACGAAUUUAAGGCAGAAUGAGGGUGCGUGCGAAGAAACCUUUUGCAUCUGAUGAGCAAGUGGAGUGCAAAAGAGAAGGUGACCAUUAUCAGCUCUGUCGAUAACUGAUAUAUAUGUGGAGUCCUUCACGCACGUAUUGGACUUCUUCUGGCAAUCUACACUUCGCCAGGAUAUUGUUUGUUCAGAAGAAAGUUUUGUAAGGAACAUGGCAUAUUGAUAACUUAUUGUAUAGCAGGUUUAAGUCGUGUUGUAUAGAAACUUAACCUUGUGACGGAUUUAGGUGUGAUGGAUUUAGGCGUAUGCAGUACUA